GCGUCACAUCCGGUGGAAUAUUCCAACGGAUUUACCCUUGGUCUUUAAAAGGACGCGCUGAAUAAAGCUGCUGUUGAGUCGACAGGUAAACGCUCACGUGUUAUUUACAGGAUUCCGACCAGUGUGAAGACCUCACGCGCUGCAGAGACAGAACAGACAUCAGUGUAACGGACAAAAGAAAAAAAAAGGCACAGACACAGACACAGACGAGGUUUUUUUUUUUUUUUGUCUGUGAGGCUCGUGCGUGUUUACACAUCUCUCCGUCAUUUUGCGGAGACUCAGAAAUCUGUGGAGUUCCUUCUCAGCUGUGAACCAGAGACUAUCAUGAUCCUCCUGACUCCCUCCUCUGUGACCAAGAAAGUUUGUAAAGUGGUCAAAGUAAAAACUUGACAGCACGCUCAGUAACCACACAGCCUGGAUCUUCACACGUAUGAAGAGUCCCUUGAACUCGCCUGGCUUUGGAAUCACAGGAAGUUCAGGGUGAAAAACACUUGAAGGGGUUGCUAUACCGCAAGGUUUAAGACACAAAAUGUCAAAGUUUCCAGGUCAUUGUGCAUAAAAUGUCUUGGACAGUACUAUGACUUGAGAGAAAAUCUAAAAGCUCACAUGACCCCCCCGGGGGGUGGAACAAAGGUUUCUCUGUCGUCACUUAGAAAACAUCACAGCAUCGUGGGGGAGGAGGCAGAUUUUUUUGAUGGAGUGCGGCAGCAGUCAUUCCAUCUUGCUGACUCACGUAGUCAAUGUAUCCUUUUUUAAAGUUUGAAUUAUAACUUUAUAACAAAUUCCUCUUAAAGGUCCAGUGUGUAAGAUUUAGGUGAAAAGGAUCUAUUGGCAGAAAUGUAAAGCAAUCCUCAUGAUGUUUGUGUGUUUCAUCUAAAUUGUGCAAACUGCAGUUUUCUAUACCCAAGAAUGAGCCCUUUAUAUUAAAUACUUUUAUAUUCAAAUCGGGAGUGGAUCCACUUUACGGGGGCGGCCAUGUUUUUUUUACAGUAGCCCAAACUGGACAAACUAAACCUUUUGAGUUUUUAUGACAACUGAAGGCUACCACAACUUCUCUUUCAUGUUUGCAAAGGGAGAUUGAGGUGAAGGGGUAUUCAGCUGCAAUAUACAACGUCACCACUAGAUGUCCCUAAAUUCUACACACUGAAGCCUUUAAAGAAAUCAUAUGACCUGCUAAAUGAUUUCUUUUGACGAUGUAACGUUGAAAUCCUGCUAAAAAUGACAUUGAAACCAGGUGAGGUUCCAGACUUCUCUUUACAUCGCAGUCCCCAUUAAACCCCGGGGCUGCAGUGGUAUUGAUGGGACCAGUAUAGCUGUGAGUGCUGCUGCCGGUCCUCGUCUCAGGUCACUAGGCUUGAUCAGAGUUAACGGGCUAAUUGAUCUCACGUCUGGUAUGUGUCACUGCAGUAGGUCCAGUUCACGCUCACUGUAGCCAGUGGUGUAUGUGUUAGUCCCCUCAGUGUUCACAGCUUGUUCCCUCACACCAGUAUUUGUGUGUAUUUGACCCCUGAUAAGAUCCCGUUUGAGUGCUAACACUUCACAUGCAUCGUGUUCAGAGUUUUACUUUCAAAUAUCUAGAUAUUUGAAGUUUAAUGCAUGAGAGUGUGGCCAUUAUUUCUAAUAGUUAUGUAUAAUAAUGCAUACACUGAUGAGGCGAGGCUGUCUUUAAUGUUGCAUGCUGGAGGCUGAGUGAAUGUGUAGUAACAAAUUUAUUUUAGUGAUCUGAGAAAGGAUGAAUGUAUCGUAAGGUUGGUCUCCAUCCAUUGAACAUACGUCUUGGUAAGUGAUACUUCUUCUACAUAAGACGGGGAAUCAGCUUCAUAGAUAUUAUUUAGUUAAAAUGAAAGAUGAUUUAGAAAGAAUAUUAUUAUCCUGGUAAAUCUUUAUGAUUACUUUCAGAAUUUUUCCUCUCACCUCAACUGGAGUCUGACUCAAAAUGGGAUAUAAUCACUAGACUGUUCCCAUUCAGACUCACUCAUCAGAAGGUCAGGGAGUCACAGACAGGGAUUUAGCUUUUAAACCACAGCAGAGGUUAUCGAACCGACACGGGCCGCUCCUGACCGCUGUCAUCCUGUGGUCUCAGGUUUCUUCCAGUGCACCAACAAGCUCUUUCUGAGUGAUCAGGCUGCCUGGCUCCACGUCAAGGAGUUCGCCCGUAAAAAUGCAGCGAACGCUCUGUCAGUCGCCAACAUGGUCAUGGGCAUGGCCUCCAUUCUCAGCAGUCUCAACGGGCACCAUCAUGCCGCAUGUUGGCUGGUUCUGAUUGGCUACCUGCUGGAUUAUGCAGAUGGAGCGGUUGCCAGGCGACUGGAUGCCUGCUCGGCGCUGGGUGCGAAGCUGGAUGAUUUUGCUGACUUCACGACCUUCGGAAUCGCCACGUCACUGCUCCUGAGGACAACUGACGUGAUGGACAACAUCCUCUGCGUGUGCUACGUCCUGUCGGUGUUCGUCCGCCUCUGUUUCUACUCAACUGGAAUCCCCUUCAUGUACCGCGGCCUGCCCUGCACAUACGCCUCAGCCAUCCUGUCCUGUGCCACAAUGCUGUCGGGGGGAAACAUGGCCGUGCUGCGCAUCGUGGUAGUCGCCAUGAUCCUCUGCAUGAUCAAUCAGAACUUCUACCCCCAUGACAAAGUGCUGGAGUCACAGGCCUGGAAAAAAGUCGUUUACUUUGGAGGAGUCAUCAUGUUGUUCUGCUCGUCAUCCCCCCCCAUGUGCGUGUACUACCUGCUCUGGUGUUUCUCCUACGUUUUGUUCCCGACUUCCCUUUGGAGCAGUAAAGUGUAGGGAAACGGGUUCUGGUCUUGUCCAAAACUCGCAGUAGGUUUACCUCCGGCCAAUCUGGGCGAAUUUAGUUGUCCCAGAAUGUUGCUGCUCCCCACUGCCCUGGAGGAUUCAAGCUGAACAUGCUCAUGCAGGCUAACACUUGCUCUAUUUUACCUUUUAUUUUUGAUGAGACAGAACCUGGAUGACAGGGAGUUGUGAUGAGGGACAGGAGGGAAGGACAUUUUUAAGUCACUUCUAAGGAUUUAACCUUCAUACACAUGUUUUAUGUCUUUGUUGCAGUGUCACUGAAGCUGAGGGGGGGUUGCCUGUUCCAAAAUCAGAAUUUUCAUCAGGUUGUGUAAUCUCCCUACUUCAGUGUUAAUCCAAUCUUUCCUCGAUGGGUAUAUUUUCAAAGGAAAUGAUUGCAAUACUUUUCUCCAACAUUUUUGCCUCAUAUUUAGUUUUGCAGCCACACGAGGCAUCACAACCACUAAUACGAUUUCCACGGCGUUGAGCGUAGAGUUAGGAAUUAACUGUCCAUGCGCUGCACUAUGGAGAUAAGACCUUUAAUCCACCAGUCUUAUUUCUCGGCAGCAUUUUUUUUGAGAUUCUAAACUCCAUGCCCUGUCUCUCUUAUCUAUAACACAAUAAUGAACACACACACACACACAGCAUCUGUAACAUCUGUCAAUGUUUGUAUCAGGGUUGGGGUCAAUUUGCUUUUAACGAUAUUCAGCUCAUGGUGUGUCGUCAAACUCCGUAUCGCACACCUUCACACAAGCUAACCUAAGAUUACGGUCUUUGGACCACGGGAGAGAUCCACGCUCUUCUGUUACUUCUGGACUCCAGCCCUUGUGCUUUUGUUAAUCGCGUUCUUGUUUUCUUCCAAGUUGUGAGUCUGUCCAAGACAUUGUGUGUUAGAUUUCAGUGUUUUGCAUGAGUUUGCCUGUUUUAAGAGGCAAUGCAGUUUAUAUAUCGAAUCCACACUGGAUCACCAUUCCCCCCCCACCUGUAUAUUACCUCUCUGACCACAGCUGCAUCACAGGUGUUUGACUGAGUGAAAAAACACCUGCAGCGUUAGGAAAUUAUUAAUUACAGUAGAGUCUGAAAUACAUCAUGAGUUGACACUGAAAACCCUAAAUAACACGGCUGCAGAGGUUUUCCUCCACACGAGAUUAAAGAUCCAGUGUGAUUUAGGUGAAAAGGAACUAUUGGCAGAAAUUAUCCUAGUGAUGUUUUCACUAGUGUUUCAUCUAAAUUGUACUAAUUGUUGUUUCUUUUACCCUGCAACGUGCAACUUCACCACCAGAUGUCACUAAACUCUACACAACCAACCUUUAAAGAGCAACAACACAAAGACUGUAAAUCCUGCCUUUCCUGCCAUCUAGUGGCUAUGGAUUACAAAUUAUAAAAUGUUGUUGCAUGACAGUCUGUGUGAACAGUGCAGCCGGACUGAAACUUUUAAAAAGUCACAGAGAUCAGGCGAGGAAAGGAGAAGUGAUUCUCUUUAACUUGGCCAGAACUCAGUCAGUCCUUUUUUUAAGCGAGGACAACUUUUUGGCUCGUGCCUCAGUCGGUGUAUUUCUGCUUCCCUGCACAUGUGUGCGACAAAUGGGGGAGAUUACAUAGUUUUAUAUGGAUUCUUUCAGAAGCCUGAUGAAAAGCCUGAUGUUCUCAACCCCCCCCAUAUUCAAACUACACCUACUCACAGCUGUCAGAAUAAAGGGAAGGACAUCAUUCCCAAUUUGAUUUCUUGUGAUUUUAUUGAUAUGUAACUUGUAUAAGCUCCAGACUCUUCUCAGACAGAGAAAAAUGACCAGACGGAGCAAAAUGUCCUGAAUCAAGACCUAGAUUUUAAAAACAUCAAUACAAAAGGUCAUGACUCUGAUUUCAGAUGUGGGUUUAAACCAACCCUGGCUUAGUUCAUGAUAACGGUGCAUACACAGACUGAAAUUAAAAUCUACUCUAGUUCAUUCACUAGUGCAUUCAGCUUUCCUGUGUGGGUGUUUUGGUUUUCAAACUGUAAAGUCAUGGUGACGUAUGCAUGCCGAGAGCAUAGGAGAUACAAAGCCUGUACUUUGAUUAAAUGAUGAAAGGAAAGAAAGGAGAUCUCGAUGAAUGAUCUGUGCUUUCAAGUCUGUACUUUUUUUGACAAUAAAGGGGAAAUUGAAAUAA